AUGGCAUCUCUUGCACCAUCACCAACCACCACCACCACCGGUGGACGGUGCUUCUCCUCCUCCUCCACGUACGCUUCUUCCUUCUCUUUCAAAUCAUCUCAAGUUCCCAUAGCACGAAUCACGAACCAUCGCCAUGCAGUUUCAUGCAAAGGCGCCCUAGAUGAUGAUGACCAUCACCAUGAAAACUCCGGCAAAUUUGAUAGGAGAAACGUCUUAUUAGGUCUCGGAGGUCUUUACGGCGCCGCCGCCACUUUUGGGUCAAACUCAUUGGCGUAUGCAGCUCCGAUUAUGGCACCGGACCUCACAAAAUGUGGUCCGGCUGACUUACCCCAAGGAGCUGUACCUACAAACUGUUGCCCUCCAUACACCACAAAGAUUCUCGAUUUCAAACUUCCACCACCGUCAAACACCUUCCGAGUCCGUCCAGCUGCUCAUUUGGCUAAUAAAGAUUACAUAGCCAAGUUCAAUAAAGCCAUCGAGCUCAUGAAAGCUCUCCCAGAUGACGAUCCUCGUAGUUUCAAGCAACAAGCUGCUGUUCAUUGUGCGUAUUGCGAUGGGGCAUACGAUCAAGCCGGUUUCCCUGAUCUCGAGCUUCAAGUCCAUGCCUCAUGGUUGUUCUUACCUUUCCACCGCUAUUACUUAUACUUCUUCGAGAAAAUUUGCGGCAAAUUAAUCAAUGAUCCAAAUUUCGCAAUCCCUUUUUGGAACUGGGAUGCACCUGAUGGCAUGAAGAUCCCUGAUAUAUACACGAAUAAGAAAUCUCCGUUGUACGAUGCUCUUCGUGAUGCGAAGCAUCAACCACCGUCUUUGAUUGAUCUUGACUACAAUGGUGACGAUGAAAAUCUUAGCCGAUCGAAACAAACCUCCACAAAUCUCACAAUUAUGUAUCGACAAAUGGUGUCUAGCUCCAAGACUGCUAGUCUUUUCAUGGGUAGUCCUUAUCGUGCAGGUGAUGAGGCUAGCCCUGGCGCUGGCUCGCUCGAGGGCAUACCACAUGGCCCGGUUCAUAUCUGGACCGGAGAUAGGAACCAACAAAAUGGUGAAGACAUGGGUAACUUUUAUUCUGCAGCCAGAGACCCUAUUUUCUAUGCACAUCAUGCGAAUAUCGACAGAAUGUGGUCAGUUUGGAAAACUCUAGGAGGAAGAAGGAAUGAUUUUACAGAUAAAGACUGGCUUGAUUCUUCAUUCUUGUUCUACGAUGAGAACGCUGAAAUGGUUCGAGUCAAGGUGAGGGAUUGUCUCGAUUCCAAGAAGCUUGGGUACAUUUAUCAAGAUGUAGAUAUACCAUGGCUAAAAAGCAAACCCGAACCACGUCUGAAAAGGGCUUUGAGCAAGAUCAAGAAGCUCGCUGUAGCUCGAGCCGAUGAACACAUACCCUUUGCAAAAGAUGUUUUUCCGGCGAGUCUUGAUAAGGUGAUAAAAGUGCUGGUUCCAAGGCCGAAGAAAUCCAGGACCAAGAAACAGAAAGAGGAUGAAGAAGAAAUUUUGGUGAUAGAAGGAAUUGAAGUGAAGAGAGAUGAGUUUGCGAAGUUUGAUGUGUUUGUGAACGAUGAAGAUGACGGGAUGAGGGCCACGGCUGAUAAGACGGAGUUCGCCGGAAGUUUUGUUAAUGUCCCUCAUAAGCAUAAGCAUGGGAAGAAUGUGAAGACAAGAUUGAGGUUAGGAAUAAGUGAGCUUUUGGAGGAUUUGGGAGCUGAAGAUGAUGACAACGUGUUGGUGACAUUGGUGCCGAAAAACAAAGGUGGUGAAGUUUCCAUUAAAGGGAUUAAAAUCGAGCAUGAGGAUUGA